AUGACCUGCAUGAAAGGGCCGCUGCACUUGGAGCUCGGAGCCAGCGCGACCCAGCUGCCGGCCGCCUCGCCGUCCUCCUCCGGCCACCACCCCCCGCCGCUGGCCAUGGCUUCGGUCCUGGCGCCCGGGCAGCCCCGCUCCUUGGACACGUCCAAGCACCGGCUGGAGGUCCACACCAUCUCCGACACCUCCAGCCCAGAGGCCGCAGAGAAAGACAAGGGCCAGCCGGGCAAGAAUGAGGACGUGGGCGCCGAAGACCCGUCCAAGAAGAAGCGGCAGCGGCGGCAGCGGACGCACUUCACCAGCCAGCAGCUGCAGGAGCUGGAGGCCACGUUCCAGAGGAACCGCUACCCAGACAUGUCCACGCGCGAAGAGAUCGCCGUGUGGACCAACCUGACGGAAGCCCGAGUCCGGGUCUGGUUCAAGAACCGCAGAGCCAAGUGGAGAAAGCGCGAGCGCAACCAGCAGGCGGAGCUGUGCAAGAACGGCUUCGGGCCGCAGUUCAACGGCCUCAUGCAGCCCUACGACGACAUGUACCCCGGCUACUCGUACAACAACUGGGCCGCCAAGGGCCUCACGUCGGCCUCCCUGUCCACCAAGAGCUUCCCCUUCUUCAACUCCAUGAACGUCAACCCCCUGUCGUCGCAGAGCAUGUUCUCGCCGCCCAACUCCAUCUCGUCCAUGAGCAUGUCCUCCAGCAUGGUGCCCUCGGCGGUGACCGGGGUGCCGGGCUCCAGCCUCAACAGCCUCAACAACCUCAACAACCUGAGCAGCCCCACGCUGAAUUCCGCGGUCCCUACGCCCGCCUGCCCGUACGCGCCGCCCACCCCGCCGUACGUUUACCGGGACACGUGUAACUCGAGCCUGGCCAGCCUGAGACUGAAAGCCAAGCAGCACUCGAGCUUCGGCUACGCCAGCGUGCAGAACCCCGCGUCCAACCUGAGCGCCUGCCAGUACGCCGUGGACAGGCCCGUGUGA